AAGAUCAAAGGCAAAGAACAUUCUGGAGCGUCCGCGACAACUCCUAUCAUAAAAACAAAAAAAUUAUAUAUAUCUAUAUAAUAAUUUCAUUGUUCAUCACUUUCAUUGGAUGUGUUAAUUGUUAUCCCCUUCUGGCAUCUGCUACUAGAGUCUAGAGUUCACUUUUUUCCUUUGAUUAGUGUAAUCCAUGGCUGACACCAUCUUUGGGUACCCUUUUAGACGUUUCUUUUGGAGUCACCCUCCAAUUUUCAGAGAAUGGUCUGGUUCAAUUGCUCUCUUGGAUUGGCUCGAAUCCCCCACUGCACACAUCUUCAAAAUUAACGUUCCAGGGUUGAGCAAGGAUGACAUAAAGGUGCAAAUUGAGGAAGGGAAUAUUCUUCAUAUCAAAGGGGAAGGUGUGAGAGAAGAGACUCAUGCAAAAGAAAAGGACACUGUUUGGCAUGUGGCUGAGAGAGGGACUGAGAAGGGGGGUUUCUCAAGGGAGAUUGAAUUGCCAGAGAAUGUGAAGGUGGAUCAGAUUAAGGCACAAGUGGAAAAUGGAGUCCUCACUAUUGUUGUGCCCAAAGAUGCAACGUCCAAAUCGCCUAAAGUGCGAAACAUUAACAUCACUAGCAGGCUUUGAGCUUUCCAAAUCUAUAAUAUGUUUAUAUGAAUAAGAAUUGAGUGGAAAAAAAUAAUGUUUUUAUGAUGUAAACAGAGUAGAUCAUAUGGGUUUUGUGUGUGUGUGUGUGUGUUUUGUGUACCUUCUUUGAUUGGUCUGAAUUAUGAACCUUGUGUGACUCUCUUGUUA